GGGCAGUCUGGGCACUAGGGCACACAAGAGGUGUGGACAGCAGGGGACUAGGCCCAGGACACUUAAAAGUUAGGUCAGCAGGACUCACUGAGGAGUGAAGUCACCACUGUUGAAUCAGAUCUGAGUUCCAGUGGGUCUCCCUUCCCCCUCCCCCAGCCCAGAACUGAGGAAGUCAUCCAAGCCCCACCCUAGCUGUAUACAAGGAACGGAAAUGUUUGUCCUAAUUGAGGCUGAUGGGGAGACGAUAGGGCCAUGACGUGCUCCUUCCUGUAGGCCCGGAUCCUGAUUCCUGAGCAGCCACCCCAGCAGCCUCAGGGUUUCCCCAUACCCCAGGCCUCUGCAACUUGCUCACAAGUAGAGACAGCCUUCACAAGGGGAGAAAUGGACAGUGGCUCAAGAGCCCUGGGGUAGGGGGACACCUUUCUGACCAGAGCCCCCUGUCUACAUCUGUCCCUUCACUCACACUUGUAUGCCCUUAGGCUCUAACCCCCUGUUGAUCCCCCUCCCCUGAUGACUCAGCCACUCGGCAUUCAACACAUGCUUACAGUAACACUCCCAGGUUAAGCUGGAGCCAGGACUGGUGAGAGGGAACCAGGAAGAGGAGUGAGUGCUUGCCCAGCAACCCAGGGCAACUCCACAACACAGGCAAGGGGCCCUUACCCUCCUACCUGCCAGUCAGGUCAGUCGGGCAAGGGCUGUUAGGAGAGCGCCUGGAGGACACAGGCUGCAGGUGCCUCAGGUGCCUAAGGAGUUUGGGGAAGAGGGCAGCCAUCCCAGAACUGACUCUGGAGCCUUUAACCCUCUAAGCACCCAGGAAUCCAAGCAGCCGGGAACUAUUUGAUUCACCGGUCCGAAAAACACAGGUAAGGAGGGAUUAGAGGGUAAAAACUCAUCACUAAGUAAGAGACUAGAUGGUGUACAAGGAUAGCUAGUGAGGGCCAUCCCAUCCAAGUGUGGGUCUUCCAGCCGGCAGGUCCAUGGCUGGCAGGCCUGUGGCCCCCGGACGCCAGGAGGAGGAGGCCAAAGAUCAUGGGCUGAAACUAUCAGCAGCGCGGCCUCUAGGCCACCUGCCCAGCAUUGAUGAAACCCGACCAGCUGGCCUGGGCCCGGCCUCCCGCCGUGGCUCCGUGCUAGGUCCAGUCUUGUCCUUUUCACGCCGCAACUCGCUGGCAGGGCCAAGUGCAGGCCCUGGGGGUCGACGCCCAUCCCUGGGCCCCGUGCCCCCUCUAGGCUCGCGGGUCAGCUUCUCUGGCUUGCCCCUGGCACCCGCCCGCCAGAUGGCGCCCUCGUACCGCACGGAGCCGGCGCCGGGGGAGCGCUGGGAGACCGCGCGCGCACAGCAGGCCCUGGAAGCAGCGUUGGCCGAGGGACUGCGGGACGCGUGCUACUCAGGCGCUGAGGCCGGGCGGCUGGCACAGGAGCUGUGCGAACUGGUGCGCAUGCGCCUGCGCGAGCUGAGCCCGCCGCGCUACAAGCUGGUGUGCAGCGUGGUGCUGGGGCAGCGUGCGGGCCAGGGCGUCCGCGUGGUCAGCCGCGCGCUCUGGGACGCCGCGUGCGACGGGUUGGCCUCGGCUACCGUCACCAACGCCUCGCUUUUCGCCGUGGCCACGGUCCAUGGACUCUACUGCGAGUGAGGAGGCCCUCGAGUUCUGCAAAAACGGUUUAUUAUCCCAGAAGGAGGCCCUUCGUGGGGCUCACAUCCCAAUAAAUAAAUGUCAAUAAAUAAAA